CCUCUCUCUCCCUCCCUCCGCCGGGAGUCGGGGCCUCGUCUCCGCUCGUGGUAAUGUCAGCCCUGGCGCCCGAGGAGAGGCCGCCAUCCCCGGGAGAACCCCCAUCGCCGCUUCCGGCCGGGGCUCGGUAUUUCUGUACUGUCGGCCGCGGCCUGGAGCCCUUCCUCACGCGGGAGGUUGGAGCCCGCCUGGCAGCGACGGAGGUUGAGUAUGUUUCAGGAAAGGUUUUUUUCACUACCAAUUGUGGUUUAACAAUGCUGAAACAACUAAAAUCUGCAGAAAGACUAUUUUUGCUGCUUAAAAAGCAACCUCCACUUUUCAUUUCUUCUAGAAGUAAAGGAAAAGUAUUUAAUGAAAUUCAAAGACUAGUAACUGGGGAUCCCCUGUGUUGGGUACGUGCUGUUUCAAUUUGGAGAAGUCUUCUUGAACUGGAAGAAAAUCUUCCACCUGAAGUGGCCAAACCCUCCAAAAGGAAGACAGGAGAAAAUGAAAACAUCAUUACUAAGAAGUUAAAAAUAGAACAAACGCGAGUGAUGCCAGGGGAUACAGAAUGUCAGCUGCAAAAGCAAAAAAAUGACAAGAUAGAGGAGCAUAAAGAUCUGACAACUGAAAAAGAAAACUUUCAAGAAGAAAAGUCUGAAAAUGAUGGGGAGAAAGAAGUUGAGCAUCACCAGGGCAAACUCACUUUCAGAGUUUCUUGUCGCUGUAGUGGAACAAUUGCAAAAACAUUUACCACAGAGGAGGUGGGAAGGGUAAUUGGAAUUGCUCUUAUAAAGCAGUUUGGCUGGAAAGCAGAUUUGAGAAACCCCAGUUUAGAGAUAUUUAUACAUCUAAAUGACAUUUACUCCGUGGUGGGGAUUCCUGUUUUCAGGCUUCCUUUGGCAAGCAGAGAUUAUAUCAAGGUGGCGGGACUUCGUUCUACUAUAGCUUGGACAAUAGCAUCUCUUGCUGAAAUCAAUGUUGGUGCAGUAGUUUUGGAUCCAAUGUGUGGACUUGGAACAAUCCUGUUGGAAGCUGCCAAGGAAUGGCCAAAUGCCAGUUAUUUGGGUGCUGAUGUAAGUGACUCACAGUUACUGGGUGCUUGUGACAAUCUGAAAUCUGCUGGUCUCAUGGACAGAAUAGAAUUAUUUAAGUUCUGUGUAACAGAAUUGCCAUUACAUUCCGAAAGUGUUGAUGUUAUUAUUUCUGAUGUUCCAUUUGGAAAAAAAUUUAAAUUAGGAAAAGACAUAAAAAGCAUUCUUCAUGAAAUGGAAAGAGUACUUUGUGUUGGAGGGACUAUUGUAUUAUUACUUAGUGAAGACCUCCACAAGUACCUACAAGAUUACAAGGAGAGUAACAUCACAUGGAAUUCCAGUAAGGACAACACCAAUGAAUUCAAAAUUGUAAAGUAUGUGAAUGCUGAAGAAAAAAAUAGAAUUCAAGAGAAUGUUUCACCUUCUUUUCAGGAUGAUAGACAAGAAUGGUUGGACAAAAGGCCACUUUUUGGCACCCUGGUGCAGAUGGAAUGCCACAAAGUUAGCCUUGGAAGAACCGAGGCAUUCAUAUCAAAAUAUAAGAAAAUUCAUGAUUCUGAACUACAACAGCCUUCUUAAUUUGUUUCAGAUUAUAAGUUUAGCAGUUUUAUUUUAGAUGUACAUUGGUAGGAAACCAAUGACCUUCAUAGCAAAGUCCACAGUAAAUUUUGCCACAGUAAAUUCCAUUAAAAUUAUUACACAGACAUGAGCAGUGGAAAGCCCUGCCACCACUGAAGCUAAUCUUCUCUUCUUCUCUUCCCUCCUUACCUCCUCCACAGUUUCCUUGAACUUACCCAAAUGGCCAGUCAGCAAGGAAAAUAGAACUACCAGGGUGUCUUUACCCUCUGCUUUUCCUGAGCCCCUCUCCUGGUUAGUCAUCCAGAAUCCAAUGAGAGUACUUUAACGUUCACAUGACUUCAUUGAGAUGGGUGUCACAAUGCUAUUCUUUCUGAGGAAUUAGAGGACUACUGACCAGGCCUUAUAAUCUGCCCUACCAGUACCUCCUAAGGUUAUGUUUGUAAAGCGUUUACCAUGGGGUACAUGGCACAUAGUAGGUGCUUAAUAAUACCCUUUAUUCUUCCCUCCCUCCUGAUACCACCCCUGCUGUAUCUGACCUGUUAAUGUAACUUAAAGAUCAACCGGGCCUUGCCAUCUGCCAUCUCUUAGGAUUUCCAUCCCACUGCAGCUUUCUUUUAUGUGUUGUCUCCUCCCCAAUUAAAGUGUGAGCUCUUUGAAAGCAAGGACAAUCUCACUUUUGUAUGAGUCACCCAUGAUUAACACACUUAGUGUCACAUAGUAAAUUUUUAAUAAAUGCUUUUUCAUUCA